CACAAACACACACACACACACACACACAUACAAGCAUAACCACACACGGACACACACGCCACAAUGACCAAACAUAAGUGGCACCUGGACAAAGAGCGGAUUGUGCAGCCACACAACCAUGAAGUUGCGUUUGAGAAGGGCUACGCCCACAACGGCAUCCGCACUACCAAAUACACCCUCGUCACCUUCCUUCCAAAGAACCUCUUUGAGCAGUUCCACCGCCUGGCCAAUGUGUACUUCCUGUUCAUCGUCAUCCUUAACUGGGUGCCGUCCGUGCAAGCUUUUGGGCGUGAGGUGGCCAUGUUGCCACUCCUCUUUGUGCUCGCCGUCACCGCCAUCAAGGACGCCUUUGAGGACAGGCGCCGUGCAAACCAGGACAAGAAAACCAACAACACCAUCGCCAAAGUCUACAACAAGCAGCACAAGUGUUACGAGGAUGUUGCUUGGCGCCACGUGCAAGUUGGUGAUGUGAUUCGCCUGAAAUGUGACGACGUCAUCCCCGCUGAUCUCCUCCUCCUCCACUCCUCACACGAGGACGGGGUGUGCUAUCUUGAAACCGCCAACCUCGAUGGCGAAACCAAUCUCAAGCAGCGCCGGGUCUACUGCGACCGCGGGUCGAACGAGGACGAGUUUGAUGUUGCAAACUUCAACGAGGAACUCAAGUGCGAGCACCCAAACAGCAAAAUCUACCAGUUCAACGGACACAUCACGCACGGCGGAACGGUGGUGCCGCUUGACACGAACAACAUGCUGCUGCGUGGAUGUGUCCUGCGCAACACUGGGACGGUGAUUGGGUUGGUGGUGUAUGCUGGACACGACACCAAGGCCAUGCUCAACAACACGGGCCCGCGCUCAAAGCGAAGCAAGCUCGAACGCGCCAUGAACUACCAGAUUCUGUACUGCUGCAUCAUCCUGCUGAUCUUGUGCGUCCUCGGCGGUCUGUGUGCCGGUCUCUGGACACAAGCACGCGACUACACGAACAUCCUGUAUCUGCCGUGGCAAGAGGGCGACCCACGGCCACCGCUGGAAGGGUUCACGCGCGUGUGGACCUUCUUCAUCAUCCUGCAAGUCAUGGUCCCCAUUUCCCUCUACGUCUCCAUCGAGAUGGUCAAGCUCUUCCAAAUCUAUUUUAUCCAGGAGGACGUCGAGCUGUAUCAUGAGGAGACAGACACGAAGAUGCUCUGCCGCGCACUCAACAUCACAGAGGACCUCGGACAGAUCAACUAUGUGUUCUCGGACAAGACAGGCACGCUGACGCAGAACAAGAUGGUAUUCCACACGUGCAGCGUUGGCGGCGUGAUUUACCGCCACCAGGCGCAGGAGGAGGGCAAGGACUACCAGGAUGCGUUCUCGUUUCCUUCCGACCCAAACCUCGUCAGCAACCUCGCUGCCGAUCGUGGUGAAAUUGGCAAACGGGCGUCGCCACUGCACAUCUUCAUGCUCUGCCUCUCCGCCAGCAACACCGUCGUUCCAAACCGAAAGGACGGCAAAGUCAAGUUUGAGGCGGAAUCGCCGGACGAGGCCGCGCUCGUGUCCGCUGCGAGUGUGUACGACUACCACCUCGAGGAGCGCAAACUCAACACCGUCACCGUCAGCAUCAGGGGCCAGCGUCACACGUACGAGGUGCUCGCUGUGCUUGAUUUCGACAGCACGCGUAAACGCAUGUCUGUCGUUCUUCGCCUCCCCGAUGGCACCCUUCGCCUGCUGUGCAAAGGUGCUGACUCGGCAAUUACGUCCGUCCUGGGAGCAGCAAGCUCAGAUCACGUGUUGGCGGAGACGUCGGCACACCUUGACGAGUUUGCCCGCAGCGGCCUGCGCACCCUCUGCUACGCCUAUCGCGAUAUUGCCCACGACGAAUACGAGGACUGGGCUCACCGCUUCCUCGAGGCAAACGUGCUGCUGGGUGAGGAGCGCAAGCAGCGACGCGUUGAGCUGUUUCAGGAGCUUGAGCAGAAUAUGAUUCUCGUCGGGGCAACGGGAAUUGAGGACAAGCUGCAGGACGGCGUUCCCGAGGCAAUUGCCGAUCUCAGACACGCUGGACUCAAGGUGUGGGUGCUGACUGGCGACAAGCAGGAGACGGCGAUUGAGAUUGCAAUGACGUGUCGCCUCAUUACCCGCCGCAUGCACACCAUCAUCCUCAACUCGGAGUACGCCCGCCUCCACUACGACAAGGGCAAGACCAUCGCUACCGUCGCACACCACCGCGCCGCGCGCAGAGAGGUGCUUGACAUCAUCAACCAGCAUCUCCAAGACAUCGAGCAGGCCCAGCAGGGCGAUCGCCGGGAGCUUGCGCUUGUGAUUGACGGGCCAACGCUCUUCUACGCCGUGCAGGAGGCGGACGACGUCAAACACCAGUUCCUCAGACUCGCGGAGCAGACAAAGGUUGUCGUUGCGUGCCGAACAACACCGCUGCAGAAGGCGCAAGUGGUGGGACUCGUCAAGGACAACCGCGACGCCAUGACGCUUGCAAUCGGCGACGGCGCGAAUGACGUGAGCAUGAUCCAGAUGGCACACGUCGGCGUUGGCAUUUCGGGCCAGGAGGGCAUGCAAGCCGUGAUGGCGAGCGACUUUGCGAUUGCGCAGUUCCGCUUCCUGGUGAAGCUUAUGCUGGUACACGGCCACUGGUCGUACGAUCGCAUUGCCAACAUGAUCCUCUACUUCUUCUACAAGAACUCCUGUCUCGUCUGGGUCAUCUUCUACUUCCAAAUCUUCGCGGGCUUCUCCGGUCAGCCCGCUAUCGAACAGCUGUACCUGCAAACGUACAAUUUGCUGUGGACGUCCAUUCCACCCAUCAUCACCGCUGUCUUUGACCAAGACGUGCAACCAAACAUCCUCCUCAACAACCCAGCCCUCUACGAACAGGGUCGGCUCGACCUCACGUACAGUGGAAAGUUCUUCCCCACGAUGCUUGACGGGUUUUACCAGAGCAUCGUCAUCUUUUUUGUGCCGUACUUCGUGUUCCGUGACACCGUUGUCAACGAAGGGCUGCUGGUGUUUGGCACUGUUAUCUUCUACUGCACGGUCGUUGCAAACCUGCUCCACCUGUGCAUCAUCACCCGCAACUACAUCUGGAUUCACUACCUUGGUCUUCUCUGGAGCAUUGGCGGCCUCUUUGCCUUCUCCCUCCUCUACAACGGCGUCUACUUCUCCGAUUCAAGCCUCGUGCCAGACCCGUACUUUGUCAUGCAGGAAACGAUUGCCGAUUCACGCUUCUGGUUCUGUCUUUUCUUCGUUCCCAUCGUCGCUGUGGGGCCUCGCUUCAUCACCAUGUUCUCCCACCGGUGGUUCACGCCAACGAUUGCGUCAUUUGCGCGAGAGAAAUCCGAGCUUGAAACGCGUGCAGCGGGCCUCGAUUCCACUGCUUGCAUGCACUACCCAUGCAUGCCCUGCCAAAUGCUGGCUGAGCCUUGCUGUGUGUACACGGAGCCGCACUACAGCUCAGACACGCUCGAUGUGACCACGUGCGUCUCAUAUGCGCCCUCGAAUCGUGAGACCGUUGCACUUGCGGACAUGCACAGCCCACGGCAGUCAUACUCCGACGCAUAACCAACAGGCCACCGCGUGCUGGAGGGGGAAUGAGAGAAUGUGUGUAAGUGAGUGUGUGUGUGUGAGAGAGAGAGAGAGGG